AUGUCGGAUGGAUUUCGCAGACCAGACCCCCUCGUCUUUGAUGAGAACAUCGCGGAGAAUUGGCGAGUGUUCGAACAGGAAUAUGACAUUUUUAUCGCGGCGGCACACUCUGACAAGUCGGCCCGCACACAAGCCUACAUUCUCCUCAAUCUAGCAGGAUCGGAGGCCAUUGAAAGGGAGAGGUCGUUCGUCUACACGCCCGCGGUGAGAGGACCCGACGUCGACGACGCACCGGGACACAUCAUCACUCCUGCAGAGUCAAAAGAGGACCCUGAAUGCUUGAAGAGGAAAUUCCGGGCAAUCUGCAGUCCCCGAAUAAACAUUAUAGUGGAGAGACACAAGUUCAAUGCACGGUUCCAAAACCAAGGUGAGACAUUCGAAUCAUAUGUCACAGAUCUAAAGAUAAAAGCAAAGAGCUGUAACUUUGGACCACUGCAAGACGAGCUCAUCCGUGACAGAUUGGUUUGUGGCAUAAAUGAUGACAAUCUGAGAAAAAUAAUGCUGCGUGACAGUGAGCUGACUCUGGCUAAAGCAAUCUCCGUGUGUCAAAUUUAUGAGCAAACAGAACAACACACCAGGGUAUUGUCGUCACCGCAUACUCCCACUAGUGUUGACAGUCUGCAGUACAAAUGUGGCAGGAAGCAGAGAUUUGAGCCACGACAGAGGGCGCAGACAGGGAGAAACGGUCAGCCCAUUGUCAACUGUAACAAUUGUGGUGGCAGCCAUGAUGCCAAGAGGGAAAGUUGUCCAGCUUUUGGUCAACAAUGCCACGCAUGCAAAAAAUGGAACCACUACAAGAAAUGCUGCAGGUCAGUGCAGAGAUACCCUAGGAUGCAGGGCUCCAGGGAGUCCGUCCACCACCUCGAACUGAACCAAGCCACGGGCAGCACUGCUGAAGAUGACUCAUUCUGUAUUGAUGGGAUAGCACCAGUUGUCGUACACACAAUAUGCUCAAAUGUGCAAGAAAAGAAUGUAGCGUUCGCCACCGUGCACAUCAACGGCAAAGCUGUCGAGAUGAAAGUCGACACGGGUGGACAGUGCAACGUUCUAUCCUAUGAUGCUUUCAAACAUGUGGAGAGCGGAGAACAGAUUGACCGCUCGAUAAUCACCAACCUUGUCGCAUAUGGGGGAAACAUGAUCAGCACCUUGGGCUCAGUCGUCUUACAAUGUCAGCUUGCAGGUCAGCAGUAUACACUACAGUUCCACAUUGUGGAGAGGAAUGUCCAGCCACUACUAGGCCUACCAGCAAGCCUGCGCAUGAAGCUAGUGAAACUGAGCAAGGAUGUUCACCAACUCAGUGUGAACACAGAGGCCAACCUGCCGCACAAGAUCUUCACAGAUGAAGGCCUGAAAGCGGAUCCUGAUAAGACCACUGCGAUUACUGAAAUGCCUGUUCCCGGAGAUGUGACAGCUCUACAACGAUUUCUAGGCAUGGUGAACUACCUGGGGAAGUUCGUACCAAACUUGACAUCCCUCAACACCAAACAGGUCACAGCCCAGCUCCAGAAGAAGAGGCUCUCCCAGAAGCUGAGCUAUGACAAGUCCAGCCGUCCUCUUCGUCCACUGCUGGAAGGCGAAGCGGUCCGGAUGCAGACCCCCCGGGGUUAUGAUCGCAUGGGCACAGUAGGAAAGAUCUGUGAAGAGCCGCGGUCUUACAUCAUCCAGUCUGGAGGCAGAGACUACAGGAGAAACCGCAGACACCUCCUGCCCGUCGCCGAGCGAUCUCCACAUCAACCUGACACUGUCGACCUGCAGCCCUUCAACCCAGCUGCCGGUGAAACACCUCCCAUCUACAGGGAGGAACAACGGGAUCCCAUGGACACUGUACCACCGCUGGUCCAGGUACCCGUAGCUAACUCUCCCGUCCACGCUGGCAAGAGCCCAUACACAACACGUUUUGGUCGUACAGUCAGAGCAAACCCCAAAUACAAAGACUGA